UGUGUGUGUGUGUGAGAGAGAGAGGAACGCAGCGAGAGAGAGAGAGAGGGAGAGAGAUAGAGAGAGAGAGGGAGGGAGUGAGAGAGGGAGGGAGACAGUUAGAGAAGAAGGCUGCACUGGCUCUAAACCCUCCCAGGUUCUCUCCUCCGUCACCGCUUCAAGCUCUCUGUCACAGGCAGUGGCAGCAGCCACGCGUGGAUUACAGAGCCCAGCGCAUUUCACUCAACUUUUCACGUUGGGGCUGCAAUGGCAGGAUAGACUCCUAGAUUUCUAUGCCUUUCACUGAGAUGCAAGGACAACUGGAGACAUUUGACUGGACUUCACAAAUGCUGGCUGAGCCUCCAAAAAAGGAUAUUUGCAAUGUUUUUCUACCAUCUGGGUGGACAUUUUAAGUUCAAGAUAUGAUAUGGAAAACAUGUUGCUUUUGAAAACAGAUGAAGAACUCUUUUCUUGGUCUUUCUUGACCCUCGGAUCAUUGAUGGAAAGGGUUUUGUAAACACGUCAGUUGUGAAAGGCUACUCUUACACCGCGUAUUAUUUGAAUCGAGCCGGCGGCGUCCCCUCCGAACAAUAUGAACGGAACCAACGGCACGAGCCCCUAUCAGGAGGCGUCUGGCCCCUGGCUGCUGGUGCUCAUGGUGUUCAUCAUCAUGAUCAUCGUGGUGGGCAACCUGCUGGUGAUCAUCGCCAUCGCGCGCACCUCGCACCUCCAGACCAUGACCAACAUCUUCAUCAUGUCGCUGGCGUGCGCCGACCUGAUCAUGGGCGUGCUGGUGGUGCCGCUGGGGGCCACCAUCGUGGUGACGGGCGAGUGGCAGCUCAACAGCAACACGGCCUGCGAGCUCUGGACCUCGGUGGACGUGCUGUGCGUGACGGCCAGCAUCGAGACGCUGUGCGUGAUCGCCGUGGACCGCUACAUCGCCAUCACGCACCCGCUGCGCCACAAGGUGCUGCUCAACAAGUGGCGGGCGCGGCUCAUCGUGUGCCUGGUGUGGGUGCUGUCGGCGCUCAUCUCCUUCGUGCCCAUCAUGAACCAGUACUGGCGCGCCGUGGGCGACGAGGAGGCCAAGCAGUGCUACGACGACCCCACCUGCUGCGACUUCGUCACCAACAUGCCCUACGCCAUCAGCUCGUCCGUGGUGUCCUUCUACAUCCCGCUGCUCAUCAUGAUCUUCGUCUACGCCCGCGUCUUCAUCAUCGCCACGCGCCAGGUGCAGCUCAUCGACAGGAGCCGCCAGCGCUUCCAGAACGAGUGGAUGAGCACGCAGCAGCAGCCCAGUCUCCACGGAAACAACAACUUACCGGGAGGAGGAGGGUGCGGCGGAGGGAGCGGUGGUGGCGGAGGGAACGGUGGCGGUGGCGGCGGCGGUGGUGGACACAGCGGCUCGAACCCCAAGCGGAAAGGCUCGCGGCGGCGGCCGUCGCGGCUGACCGUGGUCAAGGAGCACAAGGCCCUGAAGACGCUGGGCAUCAUCAUGGGCACGUUCACCCUCUGCUGGCUGCCCUUCUUCGUGGCCAACAUCAUCAACAACGUGUUCGACCGGAACGUGCCCACCAAGUGGGUCUUCCGCCUGCUCAACUGGCUGGGCUACAUCAACUCGGGGCUCAACCCCAUCAUCUACUGCCGGAGCCCCGAGUUCCGCACCGCCUUCAAGAACCUCCUGGGCUGCCCGUGGCUGCGCACGCCCAGCAUGAACUCCCUGUACAAGGAGCUGAGGACGCGCUGCCCGUGCUUCCUGGGCUCGGCCGAGGCCGGCAUGGCCGGAUCCUUCCAGAAGGCGCCCUCGGUGGCGGCGGCGGUGGCGGCGGCGGUGCCGGGGCUGGAGUGCCCGGGCGUCGAGGGCAACGAGAGCCUUCACAGCAGCCAGAGCAGCUACCGGAGCGAGGAGCUAUCGCCGGGACAACCGCACUCCAACGGCAGCACGCACUUCAGCGAAUUCUCCGAGCCGGAAACCGAAUUUUUCACUCUACAGGAGAAAGACGGAUGAGAGACACCGGUGACACCCACCCUCUGACAAGCGAAAGCUCUGACGUCUUCAGAGGAUGUCAGGACAGCACACAGCACCAGAGAGGGCCGAUGGCGUCGGGCCAGAGGCCGAUCCUAAAGGUGCCUCAGAAAGACACAAUACACCAGUCCAGACCGGACAACAUAUACUACCAAAACUUGUGUUACCUGAGCAAUCAGGAGGCAAAAAACAACAACAACAACAACAACAAGAGGCCAGACGCUACCUCGUGGGCCAUCACAGUCAGGGGAGCAAGUUCCACAGGUAACCCGGAUCGGUCCAGUUGAAAUGGAGUUGUGGUCUCUAGUGUUUGGAGCUCGUAUGGACGUCAGGCAUAGAUGAACAUUCUGCACCAGGCAGCGACAGAGUGAACUGACCGGUCAAGACAUCCUUGGAAUAUCUGGGCCACUGAAGUCAUCCCCAUCCCUCGUCAAGAGCCCAUCACUCCAUCCCCCAAACACAACUGUAUGUUAAGAUGCAUUCUUCCAAAACACAUAAAUGGAUGCCUGCAUCCCAUAAGAAAUUCACAACAACAAUUCAAUGUGGAUAUUUAAAUACAUUUAAACACCUCUGGUACAGUGUACAUGUAUAUGGAAAAAAAUGGUAGAAGUUCAAAUUAGGUUUUUGUAUUUUCUGUUGUUGUUGUGUUAAGUUAUUUUGUUUUAUUUAUUAUAUCCUUUCCCAAUCUGUGGAUGUUUUUUUUUUCUUUUGUUUUUUUUUCUUUUUUAAAGAAUGCUGCAGGAGUUUUUUUUCUGUGCCGUCAGUCCAGCUUGUAGCACACUUAACUUUUUCCAAAGUAUAAGCUAAAUCCUGUAGCACUGCUUUCUGUAUAAAAUGCCCAAGUCCCAUAUGAUCUCAUAGGAAGUAUGAGGCACAUGCUGUAGAGAACUGGGAGAGAACUGUCUGACAUUGGCCAACAUCUUCAUAAGACUGACACGCUUCAAAGUAACCUUUCCAUUUAUUGACAUCUUGAAUGUCUUAAAAAAAAUAUAUAUAUAUAUAAAUAUAUAUAUACAUAAUGUGAAUUACGAUCUGAAUAAUAUUAAGUACAAUGUAAAGGCAGUUUAUGCCUGUCCCGGACACCGCCAACACAUUUCCAAAUGCUUCACUGCAGUCAUAAUAUCUGUACACAUUUAAAGUACUUAGAACAUGUCCAAAAACUUUUUGAUUUACAGUACUUAAUGUACAUGUGAAAAUAUUCCUGAUAUUCUUUGGACUGAUUCUUUCAAGAAUAGAUCAGGAGCUGAACAACAAUAUUCCAGAUUGAUGUUUCAGGGUGUGCAGCGAUCAGAUCUUCUGCUUCCUCUACUUCUAUUCUAUUCUUAUCUUUUGAGAUGAUCCAUUUAUGUUGCUGCUACAAAUACGUUUCUUUGUCCUUUUUACAACCUGCUCAAAGCUUGUGAGCAUAAUAUCUUGUAACAUCAUCCUUCGUUCCUUACCAUUCUUCAGCAUACCCUCCCUGAUCUGUAUAUAAUGAUGUAGAGAAUGUCACGCACAAUUUUUGUUUUGUUUUGUUCUGUUUUUUUAAUUAAAAAAUGUCUUCAUGGUGAA